AUGAAGCCUGAUUUGAAUAUCCUUUUUUUCAUUUUCGGUACUGUUGAGUUCACUCUUCCUGUGGAAUAUUGUCCAGCUCAUUGCCAGUGUGACUGGGACAUCUACAGUGUGUCAUGUUUUGGACCUGAGGUCAUGCCUGUUUUCCAUUCCAGCACGCAGGAGGUGUGGCUUGUGGGGACAAAACUUUCUUCUAUUCCUCAGAAUGCCUUUGCCAACUUGACCAACAUUUCUCGCAUAUGCAUCUCUGAUGAUGAUACUUUAAGAUAUCUUGAGAGGCAUUCUUUCUACAAGCUGUCCAGGCUCACCCACAUACAACUCACUGGUAUCAAAACACUGUCAUACAUUGACCAAGAGGCAUUUAAGGACUUACCUAAUUUAAAGUACCUUGGGAUAACCAACACGGGCCUCACCUACUUUCCUAGGCUCCAGUAUAUUCAGUCCAGCCGAGAGGAUUUCAUUUUGGAUAUAGCGGAGAACAUCUUCAUACACGUUAUACCUGCUAAUUCUUUCAAUGGCAUAUUUAAGAAUGCUCUGACCAUUAUGCUGAAUAGCAAUGGCGUGAAAGAGAUCCAGGACUAUGCCUUCAAUGGGAGUAGCAUAGAGGAAGUGUAUCUUCACAGGAAUGUGGAUUUGGGGCGAAUAGAUGAAUUUGCAUUUUAUGGUGUGAUCCGUGGCCCAACUCACCUAGACCUUUCAGAAACCAAAGUUAGCUCUUUACCUUCAAUAGGCAUGGAGACCAUUGAAAAGCUCCAAGCUAAAAACACUUGGGCCCUCAAAGUACUGCCACCCUUCAGAACCUUUCCCCAUUUACAGAGUGCUGAACUGACUUUCCCAAGCCAUUGCUGUGGUCUCAAAAUGCUCAAAAGAUGGAGAGGACAUCCUGAGGCAGAUAUUUGCAACCUGACACAGACUGCUUUGGGAAAGCUGCAGGAAUCCUCUGCAGCUCUCUCUGAGAAUUAUCUGGGACACAAGAUCCAACAGCAUCUGAGAGACAGCUUUGUUUUCCCAAUGACCAGCAGCACAAAUCACAGUCACAACUACAACAAUUCUGUUUGCCCACCUCAAAAUGAGGGUUUGUUUUAUGUGGAGUUACACACAGAGCAUCUCAUUGAAGGUUUUGACUUUUCACUGUGUAAUGAACUUAACACAGAUGGACUAUUUUGCACCCCCCUACCUGAUGCCCUCAACCCCUGUGAAGAUGUAAUGAGUCAAGGCUUCUUAAGGGUGUUGGUCUGGGUGGUCAGUCUCUUAGCCAUUUCAGCCAACCUACUGGUGUUGUUCAUCCUGCUGACCAGCCGACAGAAGCUAUCUGUUACUCGUUUCCUCAUGGGUCAUCUGGCAUUUGCGGACUUUUGUAUGGGGGUGUACUUGUUGCUCAUUGCUUCCGUUGACCUCUACACACGUUCCCAUUAUUACCACUAUGCUAUUGCCUGGCAAACAGGAGGUGGCUGCAAUUUAGCAGGAACAUUAUCAGUGUUUGCCAGUGAGCUAUCUGUGUACACAUUAACUUUAAUCAGCCUUCGGCGCUGGCAUGCAAUCUUCUAUGCAAUGAGGCCAGACAGAAAAAUGAGGUUACGCCAUGUAGCUAUGCUGAUGCUUGUUGGCUGGUUGCUGUGUGUGAUUCUAGCACUGCUACCAGUGGUUGGUGUGAGCAGUUACCAGAAAGUGAGCAUCUGCAUUCCUAUGGACACUGAAACAACUGCUGCUCAGGCAUAUGUGGUCUUUAUCCUGAUGUCUAAUGUCAUUGCUUUUAUGGUGGUAUGUUUAUGUUACCUCCAUAUCUACUGUAUGGUGCACAAUCCCCACCACCAGUCCAGCAGAAGUGAUACCAACAUGGCCAAACGUAUGGCUGUUCUCAUUUUCACCAACUUUCUGUGUCUGGCUCCCAUUUGCUUCUAUGGCUUGUCUGCAGCUCUCCACCAACCGCUGAUGACUGUCACAGAUUCCAAGGUGUGAUUUCAUCUUGAUCUUAAAUCCAAAUUUAUUUCAAUUUAAAAUAAGGAUGUCAUAAUAAGCUGGUAUUUAUG